AAUGUUUGUUGUUCCACUCUGGUGUGGCUCGCUGGUUGGCUGCUUGGCGGGCGAUUGCAGCUGACUUGGAGCUAGCUGGCUACACACACCAGUCAUCAUCCAACCCGCGUUUGAAAAUCAUGCAAGCGAUAAAUAUACGGAACUCGCAACGGACGGUCUCCUCGCCUCUACUCGAAAUACCAUACUUCAUCAAUGCGAUUUAAUCGAAUCAUAAUCGCAAAACAAAUCAAUUGGUCAUACAAAAUAAAAAAACCGUUUAUGUAUGCGCGUGUGUGUGUUUGCGUGCAUGUGAGUUCUUGUCGUCCGUCUAAAAAAAAGCACAGCAGAAGUAAUUAGUUGCCUGCGGCGGCUCAUUAUCAAGCAUAUGAUGAUGAUGAUGGUUGUUGGUUGAAAAAAAUCGAAAGUGGCGCCUUGAACUUCAAAAACAUAAUUCGUGAAUUCGUUAUCGCGGCAAUAUACGGAAAAAAUUGUUGCGAUUUUUUUGCUUCUCCACCUCAAUUACCAUUCCGUCGUAUCCAACAAUAAUAAUUUAUGAGUUCAAAGUCAACAACAACAUCGCCAUCAAUAAAGCCCCCCCAACAAGGAAUUGAGCCCAAUGAAAACAUAUUAAAUUAAAAAAGCGGGCAAAUGCAAGCAAACAUUUUUUUUUACCCUGCCUAUGUAAAUAUUUGUGCACACCCAAUAACUUUACCCAUGAGCAAAGAUGAUUUUGCCAAAAAGCAGGAACAAAAUCUAAAUGUGUACCGGAAAAUGUUUAUUAUUAACAUUUCCAAAUAAAUAUGUGAAAAUCUUAUCAGUUUUGUUGUUUUUGUAAUGGAACCGAAAUUCAAUUGUUAACAGCAGAGUAGUGUUAUAAUAAAAAAAAAGUAAUACCACGAAUAGAUACCAGUCGAACCUACCUACCACCCACUCGCCUACCAACCAACCAACCAACAAACCAUCCAGCCAUCCCACACUAUCAACAACCGCGUCGUCUUGCCUUUAUUAUCGAUGAUACCAAAACAACAAAAAUAGUACAUUUUAAUUAAAAUUAGCGACGACGCUCAUUUAUUGCUGUACCAUCGGCAACAACUAGUGUCCCAAGAAAAUAAAAAAAAACGCGGAAAAGUGUUCCAAAUUUAAAUUGAAAUUACGGCUUGGAUAAAACGCGCGUGCAUCGCACCCAAACACGGCAAGCUAUUAAAAGACGCAUGAAGGCGCCAUUAUAUUUACCCAUCAAUCAGUUUCCAUUUGAUGGAAGUCAAGUGCGCAUCUUGGUCUACCGGGAAUGUGAUACACGGGGCAGGCGUUUACUUUUCGAUUCAAAUGCCUUAGAGAAGGUCUAUCACCACAAGGAAAAGAAUGGCAACAACAAUAGCAGCAGUGGUAGCAGCAGUAAACAUGGCUCUAGAACGACAUUGUCAUCCUCAUUAUUGGGGGGAGGCGGCGGAUCACAUGCAAAUAAUCUAACAAGUCUGAACAAUAAUCACAACAAGGACUCAUUACUCUCUGAUCGGCUGAAUGCCGCUGCUGCUGCAUCAUCGAACAAUUCGAAUAAAGGAGCCCAUUCCAAUGGCGGUUUUAUUGAUGUGUGCGAUGAAUAUGGCUACAAGCACAAUCGUCCAAAUUCCUCGGAUAUCAGUAGUGUGGGUGAAAUGGUAUUCGGUGCCUCGGCCAUGUCAUUUCGUGGUACCUCCCUGAAAGUCCACUGGCUCCAGCCACAAUCAAGGCUACUGUGUUCUCAGGUCUUUUUGACACCAUUGAGACCAAACAACAAUGGCCAUUCGCCGUAUUCCACAUUAUCCACAAAUAGUUUGGCAACACCGCGUACCUCAAUAUGCAGUGAACAUGGUUCAAUAGAUGGUCUGUCGAUGUGCUCUUUUUCCUUGCCCUAUUCCAUGACGAUUGGCGGCCGUAACCAAAGUCUAACACCCAGUGAUCUCAGCAACUCCGUCUCCUCCCCGCUCGAUGUACCCUCAAUAGACCAGCAAUCGAUAAUGACCAGUACGGAUAGUGCCGCUGACAGUGGUGGCCAUCGGUUCUCAUCGACCUAUAGUACGGGUACAGAUUCAGGCUAUUCGGGUCUAAGUCGAGCCACUGGUGGCACCAACUCCUCCUCCGACCAAUGGUCUGCCUCGUAUCAAUAUUCUACACGUAGUAGUUUGGGUUCUGUGAUGUCCGAACAAUCGGAACGUGUACGAAAAUGUAGUAUUGAUUCCAAUAUGUACACCGGAAGCAGUUGUUCGGGUAGUACCAAUGCCAUGGGCAUAUCCAGUGAUGGCAGUCUCCAGCGCAGAAUAUCACGUAACAUUGUGACAUCGUUUGAAAAUGAAAAUUCCAUGAAUGAUUUGAUUGGUUUCGUGACGGAUAACUACCCACACAGUAUGUUGAACAAUAACAGUGCACCAGGGGCGGGCGGUAGUGAAGGCUUGAAUCUGGGUGUCAGACCUAACAGCUAUACAACAGCAGCGGCAACAACAACAAAUGAAUCUCGCAGUAAUCCUGAAAUGGGUCGUAGACGAGAAAUGAGUUCCCUGAAAGCGGCGUCACGUCGAGCCAAACUGGGCCUAGCCGUGUGCAUAACAAUGAGCGAGUCGUUCGAAGAGGAAAUGGAGUUAUUUUGCAGUGAACACAUUGCACUGUUCGAGAGUAUGUUGAGCCGUUUAAGGGCCAGCACGGAGAGAGCCUAUAUACACCACAGUAGUUUUCUGCAGAUUAUGUUUCAAAUCUGGCAGGACACCCAACAAUGGUUUGUGGAUUUAUUUACAGCACCACGCAUUAAAUGUCCCGUGUGGCUAAGCAUAACCACCAGCGGCAGUAAAUACUCGAAAAAUGUGGCCGAACGUUUCAUAAAGGAGCUGUGUUGGCUGCUCUCCUUUGCCGAUACCAAAGAUACAAAUUUUUUUAUAAGCACCAUGUUGACGGCAAUUUUGACUCAUCACCUGGGCUGGGUUCCCACAGUGUCACCAUUUAGUUCCACAUCAUCAACGGCAGCUGUUGAGCAGCGUGCCAAGCUGUUACAGGUCUCGCAAAAGCAUCCCUACAAUGCCCUGUGGGCCCAAAUGGGUGAUUUAUUUGGCGCCAUUGGUCUGCCUCCGAAACUGGCCAGGACAGUGAUAUACGGCACGGAAAAGCUGUCCGUAGAAAGACUUUUAAAUGUCCUGACAUAUUUCAUACGCUGCGGCGAGGUGAGGCGUUCUGCCAAAAAGGAAGAUUUCAACAAGGACACCAUAAAUAAUAUUGUGGCCCAAACCAAAAAUGAAACUUUUAAGAAAUCAACGCUCUAUGGCAGUGGUAAGAGGAUGGGGAGCAAUGAUGGCAGCAGGGCUUUUUCCGGCAUACCAAACAAUGGUGGUGGCGGUGGUACGAAAAGCGGUUUGACGAGAUCUCAAACAUGUAAACAGAAUCUCAGUUUACAUGACAUUGGUGGGAGUGGGGGAAGACUAGAUGACAACAGCUAUGCCAGCUUGUGUGAAAGGGACGAAGAAUACGAAGAUGAAACUGACCACUUGACGGAUGAAGCCAUACGCACCUAUAAAAUGAAUGAAAUUCCCACUGUCUUGGCAUUUAGAGAUUCCCGUUUUGUUCAGCAGGAGUUGCGUAUUGGUAACUAUCUGAUGGAUACUGGUAUUGAGAGGAACUCUGUGGCCCAGUAUUCGAAGGCCAAACAAAAGGAGUUGGCCAAUAAUAAGGCAGCAGAUGGUAGAAUACGUUUGACACUGACCACCCCAGAAAAUGUGGAAUUAAUUGUUGAGGAUCCCAGUAGCUAUUGUAUAGCCAGUGCUGAGGAAGGUGUACUGGAGGCCAUAGAAAUUGAAACUCUGCCGGCCGUAGAAAAGACGAACAAUAAUAAAGCAUUCGGAGGCAAAGAACAUCGUAAGAAACGACCCUUCUUUUGGAGCAUGACAGCGGCAGAGGUCAAGGAAGGUCUCAGUUUAAAUGAUGUCAACAAAAUACAACAGUGCAUGAGCAGUGGCACGGCGGUCUCAGAUGAUAAGGGAAAACAGAGCAAUUCGGCCACACAACAUGUAUCGCUAUCGUAUCUCAUAACCCAAAAUAGUAUUGGUAAAAGUGAUUGCCCCAUGACCUGGGGUGUGGAGCCGGUUAAGGAAAAUGUCAGCCUUGAGGAACAAAUGCACUUUGAUUUAUGCCACAAACUCAUCGAGCGGGAGCAUGGUAUUACACGCAACAAAGAAGAAAGCGGCAGUGGGGUGGUCUUUGUACUGGGCGACAAUGAGCCAUUGGUCAACAUAAAACGUAGUACCGAAGAUUUGAGUGGGGAUGUGAUUGAUUCAAAAAUGUCUGGCGAUUCUACGCAACAGAAAUCUUCUGAACACAUGCUUUGUGCUCUCCAUCAACGUUUACACCAUCCCCUGACAGAUGCUUCGAACACCACCAACACCGGUUCCCAGCAACUGAAAAAACAUUCGGGAGUUAAAUUUAAUUUUGAACAAUAUCCACAGAUUGUUAAGAAUUAUAUGAAGAGUAAAAAUCUGCUCAUUAACAAUUAUGAUUUGCUGAUGGACAAGUGUUCGAAAUUGGAGGCCCAAAAUAGCAGUUCAGCGGGCAAUAAUUCAAGCCUUACCAGUACAUUCCCCCAGAGCAAGCAAACAGCCACUACUAAUACCACACCGAAUUGUAUUGUCUGUCAGGAUUUAUUGAAUGCCUAUCAGACACCUUCUAAUGCCACUGAGUUGGAAUUCGAAACGGAUGAGGUCCAUUGUUUUGUUAAUAAAAACAAACAGACAAGUCCCUCAACACCAGCCCUGACCACAGUCAGUUCACAGGCCUCGGUACAAACACUGAUAUCCAGCAACGAGCAGGGAAACAAUGGCGGUGAUGUGGUGGCAACCUCCUCCAAUGACGUUGAGAUGAGAGAAUUGUUAACUCCCACCUCAGAGGCUCCGCGUAAGGCUUUCUUUAAUAGCAAUCAAAAGAAAUGUUCUUCGCAGCGAGGCUCCAUGUCAUCGGUUGCGGCCAAAUGUGCUGCCGCCAAUGAGGCAAUGCAUUUGCUACAAAUGCCCAUACCAGCUGUCAAGGAUAUACCACAGGAGGAGGAACUAAGUGGCGGAGACAUGAAAUUGCCAGUGGGCUUUAUACCUUCAUUGUUUCUGAAUGUCAAUGAUCAUUAUGUGCCGGAUAUGGUGUUGCAGGGUACCUAUGCCUCUCCCUCCAAAUGGGAAAUGAAUUUACGAGAAGAUCUAGCGCUGGCCGCUCAUUCCGCUUCUCUAAUCUCACUGCCUGCCGAAAACAUUGCCAUCAUUGCCGACAUGGAGAAAUGGGAUGUAAAACUAAUCUCCUCUCAGUCACAACAUUUUCCAUAUGCCGGAGGACAAAGCGCUCCUGUGGGUAUGUCCCAGCUGGUUUCCUCAAUGCUGGAAACGGUGCAAAUUAUGAACAGUGCCGGCAUAUCGGCCUAUGAGUGUCUCGCCUUCAUGGAAUCAAAACUUCAGGAAAUCUAUUUACAUUCAGAAACCUUGGCCGCCUUUCUGUUGGAAACUGAUUUUUGUUCAUUGAGUGCUGUGACGACAGCUUUAAAUCUAUCCGAAAAUGAUGUACCAUUGCUGCUGUCCAUAGCCUCCAUACACACGCCACAGAUUAGUAAAAAAUGUGGCAUUAGUUUUAGAUGACAACAUUCAAAGGAAUUACGAAAACAAUGACAUUGUAUUAACUCAUCAGCAACAACAAAAUAACUCAUGCUCAUCCAUAAUGACACCCAUCAUCAUCCUCAUCAUCUAACUAUCUUCAUCAUUAGAAUUAUGUUUGUAUAUAAAUUGUAAGAAUUAUUUAUUUUUUUACAAUAUAAUGCCAAUAUUAUUUGUAAAUAGAUUUUUAGAUAUUCCGCACCAAAUCAUCUAACAUUUAAAAUUUUCCAUUUAGGAUUUAAAUUUGUGUAAAUAACAUUCAGAGAUUCAUUACAUUUUUCCUCAUCAUCCAUUUAUCCAUACCCCUAACUACUACCUAACCACAAUAAAAUAAUCGAAAGUAUUUAUUUAUAAUAGGUUAAAUUAUUUAUAUUUUUUAGCAUAGGAUUUUCUAGGGUAUAUUGAGAAAAAAAGUAAAUGCAGGAAUUUAAUUGAAAUCAAUUAUUUAUAAGCAAUAUUUAUGAUUUUAAAUGAAAGAAAGCAAUAAAUUG